AUGGGAGUGUUAAGGUUCAAGCAUAUCUCCUUUGGGAGUGUUGCGGCCAGUGGAGCAUUCCAGGCAGUGUUAACCUUCCUUUUGAUUCCAUGUUGCCUGACUGUCAAUUUCACAGCACUGCCUCUAAUCUCAAACGUUUCUUUCCUCUGGGGCUGGAAUGCCCCUACAGAACGUUGUACUGAAAAGUUUCAUGUGUCACUAGAUCUGAGCCUCUUUUCUUUAGUAGGAAGCCCCCGAAAACACAUCACAGGACAAAAUCUUACAAUAUUUUAUACUGAUAGGCUUGGCUACUAUCCUUACAUUGAUGAAAAAACAGGCGAAAGUGUGAAUGGAGGCAUCCCCCAGAUGGAAGACUUAACAAAGCAUUUGACCAAAGCUAAGCAAGACAUUUCCUAUUACACACAAACAAGGCAUGUGGGCUUGGCUGUCAUUGACUGGGAAAUGUGGAGGCCCAUCUGGGAAAGAAACUGGAAACCUAAAGAUGUCUACAGGAAUGAGAGCAUUAGGUUGGUUCAGCAACGAAACACACUACUUAAUAUCUCAGAGGCCACCAAGAUAGCCAAAAGAGAUUUUGAAAAGGCAGCAAGGAGUUUCAUGCAAGAGACUUUAAAAUUGGGAAAGCAACUUCGGCCUAAUCACUUAUGGGGUUAUUAUCUUUUCCCUGAUUGUUAUAACCAUAAGUAUAAAGUGGCUGGUUACAACGGAAGUUGCUUUGAUAUAGAAAAGAGAAGAAAUGAUAAGCUCAAAUGGUUGUGGAAGGAGAGCACUGCCCUUUUUCCAUCCAUUUAUUUGAGGACUGCCCUACAUUCUUCUGACCUCGCUGCACUCUUUGUCCGGAAUCGCGUUCACGAAGCCAUUCGGAUGUCUAAAGUACAAGAUGCUAAAAGUCCACUUCCGGUUUUUGUAUAUGCCCGCCCAGUUUUUGCUGAUGUAUCUUUGAAAUACCUUUCUCAGGAGGACCUUGUGAAUACAGUUGGUGAAAGUAUUGCUCUGGGUGUCUCUGGAACUAUAAUGUGGGGAAGCCUCAAUUUAAUCCCAAAUAAGCAAUCUUGCAUGAACCUAGCCAAUUACAUGGAGACCACACUGAAUCCUUACAUAAUCAACAUCACUUUAGCAGCCAAAAUGUGUAGCCAAGCACUUUGCCGGGGACAAGGAAUAUGUACAAGGAAACACUGGAAUUCAAGUGACUAUCUUCACCUGAGCUCAAUGAAUUUUGCUAUUCAAACUGGGAAAGGUGGAAAGUACAUAGUAAAUGGGAAACCUACACAUGAAUACCUGCAGCAAUUUUCUGAAAAAUUUUAUUGCCGCUGUUAUGCUGGCUUCAGUUGUAAAGAGAGCGAUAAUAUAGAAAGCAUUCAUGCUGUUAAUGUGUGCAUUGCUGAAGAUAUCUGUAUAGACACUUUUCUGGAUGCAGAACCCAGUGGUCAUCCUUCCAUCAGGAAAGAAGAACCUCCUGUCACUUUUAGCAGUGUUUCAUCCUCCACACCAUUUGCCUCAGAGCCUCCGUCUGUUCCUGGGGCAGAUACCAGUGGGUGUCUCAAGGCCAAUUGUUCAAAGAAAGCCAUCUCUACCAAUGACCAAAAGGACUGUCAGGGUGCUAAUGGGAAAAACAUGUCCAGUCAGUAUUUAUAUCUUCAGAACAAGAAAAAUCACACCUAUUCAACAGUACUAGAUGACAAAGACAGUGGCAUAGGCAAAAUCAACAGACAGCAGUCAGAGAGCCAGGACUUAAACCAGUUUCUUUCCUCCACCCUCUGUUUUCAACUUCCUCACGUGGUUGAUCUUCAUCAGUUGUGUCCCAUGAGCCUGGAUUUCCCCUCUGCCCAGCCCCUCUGA